UAGUCUGCUGUUGACGAGAGUCUUGUUUUUUAAUAUUCGUAAUUAUUCAGUAUAUUUUAGCUCAACUAAGUAGAUCUGUUCUUUUUAUUUUUUUUAAACUUCUGUGAACUACGCGAAGUCAACAAGCGGGGCAAGCAGACGCGUUCUGGACGCGUUGUUACGCCGUUAUAACUACUCAUAUUAUAUUUGUAGUACGCGCGGGACGACACACAUGCCUGCUUUUUCACCGACGUCUGCACCGUCGUCGAGGUGAAAGCGCCAGAAGUAUAACUACAUGUUAUACAUACGAGAAUCAUAAGUGAUUAGGUGUACGAAAUAUAUAGACGCCCACCCAGCCCCACUAUUUCGCGCGGGCUGCUGAACUGUUAAGGUAUAGGAAACGUGUACACUGCCACCUCCACUGCUUCUGCUACUGCCGAGUUCUUCCACGUCAAUGAUCAACCUCGUCGCCGAGGAGAGCAGACGCUAACUUGUUGUUGAUGCUGUUGCAGCAUAAAUAUAUAUAUAUAUAUAUACGUACGCUCUCGUCCAUGCAAUACUAGUGUGUCUUGAGCCAGAAAAGGAAAGGCCCUUUGCUCGAAGUGACUGCAAGGAAAAGAGUCUCGUUGUAAGACUUGGCUUGGCACUGGCAAUACACACUUCAGCAUAGAGCAGGGCCAAGGCAUCGAGGGAAGCCUGUUGAAGAAGCGCAAGAAAGGAAAGAGAGGAGCCACAGAGAGAAAGCUCUGUUAUUAAUAUUGCGUUUGGCGAGUCCCUGAAAAAGUCGCCAAAAUUCCGGUCCCCACAAAAAAACCAGAAGGAUCCCCUCAAACCGGCGGGAGACAUCCACCGAAUUCUGGUGACGAGAGAUACUACGACAGCAAAAUGAACAGCAAGAAGAGGAACCGCCCAAACACCAACACUUCUAGAUCAUCCCCCCGGGGACGAGGUUCGACCUCCAUCGUGGCAGAUGGAGUGUACAAUAAUGGACACUUCAUGCAUGCAAUCACAAGUCAUGUAGGCAAUAUUGUACAGAUUCAAACAUUAAAUGGUUCAAUAUAUGAGGGUGUAUUUAGAACUUUCUCUAGUCAAUUUGAGUUGGUGUUGGAAAUGGCUCACCGUGCCUCAAACGAUGAUAAAAUAAACGCAAACGAAGUUGUAGAGAAAUUAAUUUUUAAGCCACAAGAUAUCGUAAUGGUGACAGCGAAAGAUGUCGACCUGGACUACGCAACCAGAGAUACAUUCCAGACAGACACAGCUAUUAGUAAGUUUAACGGUGUAGUUAAGGGAGAUAAAGAGCUCCAGCCUUGGGAAGAGUGUGGUACACCCAAUGGAGCUAACUUUCAGUUGGAUCGUACGGCGAAUGGCUGGGAUGCUGAUGAUAUGUUCCGCAAAAACGAAGAAACGUUUGGAGUCAUGACUACGUUUGAGCCUAAUUUGAGCCAGUACACGACAACGCUCCAGCGGAAGGACACAAAGGACUACAAGGAGCAAGAGAAAAAGGCUGCUGAGAUUGCUAACGAAAUAGAAUCUCAGCCAGAACACAGGGUUCGCGCAGAACUCGAAAAUGGUGACGAGGAAGAUAAAUUCUCAGCCGUCGUCCGUCCUCGGGAGGAUCCCAGGGACUCAAGCCACCGUUCAAAUAACAGUGAGAUAAACAACAGUGGCUUGAGCAACAGUGGUUCGUCAAUGGCUGACAAAUACGUGCCGCCACCGAAGAGAAGGCCUGGCGACACUCGUAAGCUGAUGCGUACGACGCCGCCGCCAGCUUCUCCCGGGCCAGCAACGGUACCCCCCACCUCAAAAUACAAUCAGGCCCCGCCUCCAGCCAAUGCGACCCCGGUCAAUGUUCCUCCCCAAAGCAACAUUCCAUCAUCAGCUAGCAGUAGUGGCAUGUCCUCGUCGUCUUCGUCCUCGUCGUCGCAUGCACCACCAAUUGUACCAACGCAACCGCACCAACCAGUGCCGCUCAACGUCGCGGGUAUACCCAGUGGAAUGCCCAGUGGAGUCGUCGUCACGUAUAAUACGCCGCCUCCACCCUUCCAGCCCGCUCCACAGGCCUCGCAGUCCUCACAGUCCAGCGUCCCCGGUAAGUUUAUGUCGCAAGCUCAAGGCCAGCCUAGCAUGCCGUUCACGAGUCAGCAGCAGCAGCCUCCACCUCCAAUGUCCAGCAAGAUGGGCUUGGAGAAACGCGAGCGGCCCGGAAGACAGCAGGUCUACCAGUCGGACAAGGCCCCGCCAGCGCCGUUCUCCGGGGCCCAUGUGGUCCCUGUGCACCCAUCGCCAGUCCCGUCACAACAGCCACCGCCGUCCUCCCUGCCCCCGCAACAACAAUCGUCGGCCCACGUGCCCGUGCUGCCAUCGUCUCAGCAGCCGGGCCACGGUCAAUCGUCCCAACUCACAGGCGCCCCGCUAACGCAGUCCAUCUCGGUCGACGGACCACCGGCCACGCCGAUCGUCUCGAAAGAUCUGCACAGGAAGGCACCCACGCCCAGGAGCAGGGAGGACCAGCACUCGGAGCUGCGCCAGUUCGCCACGGACUUCAAGCUGGCCGAGCCACAGCAGUCCGGACAGGAGUCUGGCCAACAGCAGCCACCGGCUUCUUUGCUCGGGAGAAAGCCACCACACCAGCAGCAGCAGGAACCGCAUCUUCAACCUGCAAACAUGUUACCAGUAAACAAUGCGUCAUUUCCAUGGGAGCCAAAACCUAAAAGAGUUCCUCAGCACGGACAACAGGCUCAGCAACCACCGCCCCAACAGCAACAACAACAACAACAGCAGCAGCAGCAACAACAACCGCCAGUCAAAGUUGACAUGGCUGGUCCAAACAAAUCUCCACCUGGGCCAAUGCCACCACAAACAGCAAGCCCACCCCAACAGCAAUCACCACCUCAGCAGGUGGUUCCACCUCAGCCUCCGCAGUCACAAACUCCAGCUUCUUCGCAGCAGACAUCGCCUCCGUCUCAGCCGCAAACUCCACAACCAACCCCUCCUAUUCAAUUGACGCAGUCUGAACCUACCGUUGAUAAACUAACCGCUUCCUUCAAGAAAUCCACACUUAAUCCCAAUGCCAAGGAAUUCAACCCUAAUGCAAAAGCUUUUACACCCCGAUCACCCAGUACACCAAAUCCCAGCAGGCCGCACACGCCUCAGACACCGCAGUACGCUACGCCCAUGCAGUCUGCUGUUGUUGUUCCAUUUUUAAUGCCUAACCACCAGCCAACAGCCUUCGCGCAAGCACCGAAUCAAGCCAUCCAAAGAGGUGGUUACCGAAAGGGUCAAUAUAUAGAAUAUCAUCAAUUUACAGUGCCUAUGAUGCACCAACGAGCACCCGACGUAUCCUCGCAAAUGCAAGUGGCCGCGGCAACGGGCCAGCCCCUGCUAGCCCCAGCCCCAAUGCACCCGGCGGCUGGACCCUUCCAAAUACCAUACUCGGGCCAACCGGCCUACGGCCAGAUGCUGCGCAUGGUGCCGGCCCCGGCACCGCCACCGCCGCCACACAUGACUGCCAACCCGUACCAGCAUCACCAUGAAACGCAAGCUGGACCACACACGCCGGGUGCCAUUCAGUACAUGAAUCCGCAUCCGCAUCAUCCACACGCCGUGCCUGGACAGCAACAGCCGAGCCAGGCGCCCUCGCCUGCCAACCCCAAUCCCUCGCACACGUCACAGUACCAACAGACUUCAAGUAAGACUUCAACUGUAGAGAUAGACAUGCACGCCCCAACCCUCGUAUCCCCAACCGCCACUCCAGAGCCAUGGACCGGCUGGGUAUCCCAUUAUGUGCCCGGUCAUUCCGCCGCAUAUACCAUUGCCCCCACAACAUAUGCAGUACAUCCAGCAACAGGCGCCUCCCCCGGGUGGGCCUUCUCAGCAAUCCACGAUCCCCGUGAUUCUGCCGCACAACCCGCAAUAGUUCCGCGCCCGUCACCCCGUCAGACAUCACCAACAGAAUCAACAGCAGCCGCCGCCGCCGCCGCAUUAUCAGCAAUGGAACAGCAAUCGCAGCCGAUUAGCUUAAAUGCGGGAUUCGACGUGGCGCAAACAAUGUUUGCUCCACAAGCAGCGGCAGCAUCAAGUAUCGGAGCAUGGUCUCCGAAGUCGUCACGAUUCAACGGUGGUGAGUCGGGCAUUAGGCGGAAUCACGUGCAGGGGUUUAGAAGAGAUAACAGACAUAAACACUACAACGACAAAAACAAUAAUAAAAGUUUAUACAAAGUGAAAAAACUUGAUAAUAACGCCAGCAGAAAAGUGCAAGAGAAAUGAAAAAUAAUCGCCCCCAAGUCCCAUAUUUCAUUAGGACAUGGCGGCAACGGUCUAGCAAAUUUUACUGAUCCACGCAUUUUUAUUUAUUUUUAUUUUUAUUUUUUUCUUCUUUUUGUUAGUCCUCCACAAUACUUACUUUUGUUAUUACUUUUUUUUUCUGUUUUGCAUGCGAUACGCCAGAACUUUCAUUCACUCGCAACAUAAUGCAUAUACAUAUCGAUUGUCGAUCUAAGAGCAUUUUGCGUCGUAAUAGAAUGUUUAAUUUUUUUUUUUUUUUUUUUCCAACAAUUUUAAAAAAUACAAACAAGAAAGAAAAGAAGUAACACCUUGUAUACAAGAGCUCAGUAAUUUUGAAAGUAACUUUUUUGCGAUGAAAAAACGUUGAAAUGUUACAAAAAUCGCUUGGCGCUCCGCAACUUUCGGAGAUGGUUGCAUCGAAAGGAGUUUAAAGCCGAAAACAGGCGUUACCGUUCUUUAUUUAUUUUUUUUUCUCUGGGAUUGAGUAACGAACUAUGAUUAUUCAUACAUGCUUAAAAUGUGCUGAAAGGUGAGAGUGAGUGGUGAAUGAUGAGAUAAACUUAUAGAGAGGGUUAAAUGAUAUGUAUACGUUGUGCGUGCAAAAAAAAAACCCUGAACUUAAACGCGGAAUGAUUAAAGUACCAAAGUCAGGUAUAAGCCAGUCGUUGGUAUUGUGAGAGGAGAAUAGGAAACGUGUGCUGAUGAAGUGACGUUUUCACUGUACAAUGCGACGUAAAAUAAAUAGGAGCACGGGGGGGGGGUGAUAAAGUUUUGAUCAUGGCGAUGUUCUAAAUGUCCUUUAGAAAAAAUUGAAUGAUCAAAAUUUUACGAGUACAAGACACGGUGCGGAGAGCUUUUUGUGCACACGGAAUGAAAAGGACAAUUUUUUAGCUGAAUGGAAUUAGAGAAAUUGUUUCACGUGUGAGAGACAUUGGGCAAAUUUAACUUGAAAGGGUGAUAGAGAGAGCCCUUUCUUUUAGAUUUGAGAACAAAAAAAAAGAGAUGAAGCGACAAGGAAGCAGAGUGGAAAAUGUUUGAAAGAAUUUACGAGCAUCCAAAUGAAAUGGUUGUCGAGAUGUUAUUUAUCUGAGAAUAAUAGGGUACGACCGGUGUUUCAGCCCUAUAUUUGUUGAUGAGUUUUGUUAUUAAGAAAGAAAAGGGAAAAAAAAAAGAAAAUUCGUAACCGAGAACUUCGAUGCCCGUAUUUUCUGUUCAAUCGCUAUAAUAUUCCCAAAAUAAGAUAUCGCUGUUUCGAGUUAUUAAGAGUGUUUGAUAACGUCGAGAGAUACAACGGAGGAGUAGAAAGCUUUAAAGCGCAGCUUGCGAGGAAACUGCAAAAACUAUAAGUUAUUCUUCGGAAGUUGUCUUCAUGCUUGAAAUAUGUGAUGCUUUUAUACAGCGCGCGGUAUGUGAAACGCGAUAUUGAGAAAAAAAAAAAAAAAAAAUCAAAGAAAGAAAGAAAAAAAAACUUAAUCUGAAAUUUUUCUAGAUCCAAGAGUUAGAACUUUGAAUUUUUAUAUAAUAAAUCUGAAAUCUGGUUCUUUGUUCGUAAAAUGCAAUACGUUAAAUCAAAACGAAACUACUUGUUCUUAUACCAAGCCAUACCUGUUAAACGCAAUGAAAAAGAAACAACAAACCGUAGCUUUUGCGAAAUUUUUACAGCUCCUUUUUAUUUCUCUUCUUUGUAAAAUGUGCGAAAUUUAGAUGCGAACCUAUUGUAGAGGAAUGAAACAAACAUCAAUGGUUUCACAAGUAUCUCCAAAACUUGCAAUCUGCAUAGUGCAAUCUAACAAUCAUGGCUGGUGUUCAUGAUAUCCGUUAAAUGAAUGAGAUGAAACUUUUAUGGCCUCAAGAACUCAACCGUGUACAUAAAAUAAUGAAGUAAAAGAAUAAAACAACAAACUGAAGCACAUUGAGUGGCAUUAUUCAACUUUUAUAUGGAGGAGAAAUAAAAAAAAAAAAAAAUCAAAUAAAUCCAUUGAAGACUAA